AGUCGCGAACUUCUAGAUUCUGAGAGCUCUCCCAAAUCCCUGUGAAAUCGGAUUCGAUACUCUUCGGAAUCUUCUGAAUCUUGUUCAAGGUCGCUUGAAAAGAGUCAUCUCAUAAUGUCGAAGCCUUUAAUUGUGUUGGAGGAAGGAUGGCCCUUCAUGGAGGCUGGUGUUACAAAGCUACAAAGGAUUCUGGAAGAAUUGCCUGAGCCAGCAUUUGAGUCGGUUCAAUAUAUGAAUCUGUACACGACUAUCUACAAUAUGUGUGUCCAGAAACCUCCUGAUGAUUACUCACAUCAGCUUUAUGAUAAGUAUCGUGGAGUAAUUGAUGAUUACAAUAAACAAACAGUGUUGCCGGCUAUAAGGAAGAAGCAUGGUGAAUAUAUGCUGAGAGAGCUUGUUAAGAGAUGGGCUAACCAUAAAGUUCUUGUUAGAUGGUUAUCCCGCUUCUUCGACUAUCUUGGCCGUUACUUUAUUCCUCGGAAUAAUCAUCCAACACUGAAUAAUGCUGGCUUGAUAUCCUUCCGCGACCUGGUUUAUCAAGAGAUACAGUCCCAUGCCAAAGACGCUGUACUAGCACUUAUUCAUAAAGAACGUGAGGGUGAACAGAUUGAUAGAUCACUAUUGAAAAACGUAAUAGAUGUCUAUUGUGGGAAUGGAAUGGGAGAGAUGGUAAGAUACGAAGAGGAUUUUGAAAGCUUCUUGCUUCAAGAUUCUGCAUCUUACUAUUCUCGCAAGGCCUCAAGUUGGAGCCAGGAGGAUUCUUGUCCUGAUUACAUGCGAAAGGCUGAGGAGUGCCUAAAACUGGAGAAGGAGAGAGUCACUAACUACCUUCAUUCAACCACUGAGCCGAAAUUACUUGAGAAAGUACAAAAUGAAUUGUUGGUAGUGGUUGCAAAACAGCUUAUAGAAAAUGAGCACUCAGGGUGCCGUGCAUUGUUAAGAGAUGACAAGAUGGAUGAUCUCUCCAGGAUGUACAGGCUUUAUCAUCCAAUCAGUCAAGGGUUGGAUCCUGUUGCAGACUUAUUCAAGCAGCAUGUUACUGCAGAGGGAAAUGCCCUUAUCAAACAAGCCGCCGACGCAGCUACUAAUCAGGAUGCAAGUGCUGGUGGCGUACAGGACCAGGUGCUUGUCAGAAAAGAGAUUGAGCUACACGAUAAAUACAUGGUCUAUGUCGAUGAGUGUUUUCAGAAACACAGCCUCUUCCAUAAGGCAUUAAAAGAGGCAUUUGAAGUCUUCUGUAACAAAACAGUGGCUGGAGCGUCGAGUGCAGAAAUACUUGCAACCUAUUGUGAUAAUAUCCUCAAGACAAGAGGUGGAAGUGAGAAGCUUAGUGAGGAAGCUACUGAAAUUACGCUUGAGAAAGUGGUUAAGUUGCUUGUUUAUAUAAGCGACAAGGAUCUUUUCGCCGAGUUUUACAGGAAGAAACAAGCCCGUCGGCUCUUAUUUGAUCGCAGCGGUAAUGACGAGCACGAAAGAAGUAUACUUACAAAGUUAAAAGAACUACUCGGUGGGCAGUUUACUUCUAAGAUGGAGGGCAUGGUGACGGAUAUAACAUUGGCAAAAGAACAGCAAACCAACUUCGCUGAUUAUCUAUCAGCUAGCAUGACCACAAAGCUGGGGAUUGAUUUGACUGUCACUGUUCUUACUACUGGUUUCUGGCCAAGUUACAAAACAUCUGACCUCAAUCUACCCACUGAAAUGGUCAACUGUGUUGAAGCUUUUAAAACCUUUUAUGGAACAAUAACCAAACACAGGAGACUUUCAUGGAUUUAUUCUCUGGGAACUUGUCACAUUUCUGGAAAAUUCGAUAAAAAAACAAUGGAGUUAGUCGUUUCCACCUACCAGGCUGCCGUGCUUUUGCUCUUCAACAAUGCAGAGAGAUUGAGCUACACUGAGAUGUUGGAGCAGCUAAACCUCAGCCAUGAAGAUCUUGUCAGGCUGCUUCAUUCACUGUCAUGCGGGAAGUACAAGAUUCUUAUAAAGGAACCAAUGUCGAGAAGCAUCUCUAAAACGGAUACGUUUGAAUUCAACUCCAAGUUCACCGAUAAGAUGAGGAGAAUUAGGGUGCCUCUGCCUCCAAUGGAUGAGAGGAAGAAAGUUGUUGAAGAUGUUGAUAAAGAUAGACGCUAUGCAAUAGAUGCAGCUCUUGUUCGGAUCAUGAAGAGCAGAAAAGUGUUGGGGCAUCAACAGUUAGUCUCUGAAUGUGUUGAGCAUCUUAGCAAAAUGUUCAAGCCUGAUAUAAAGAUGAUAAAGAAACGGAUUGAGGACUUGAUCAGCAGAGAUUAUUUGGAGAGGGAUAGCGAAAAUCCCAACACUUUCAAGUAUGUGGCUUAGUCAAAAAGGCUGUUAUCGGUUUUGUAAAUGACUUGCAUUCUUUUGUCGGACCAUUGGAUGGAUUGGUGAUUGAAAAAGACAAAUUGUCUUUUACCUUCGUUUUUCAGAAUUAU